CGCCUUACGUCAGUGAGGUAAUAACAAACAUGGCGGCGGUCAGAGCAGCACGGUGCUUGUUCCGCAGCUUUUCUCAAGCGAAAAAUGUACAGCAAAAUAAACGCAUUUUGCUGAGAUGUAGCGUCAGGACGUUUUGCAGUGAGUCAGAGGAUAGCGCUCAUUCCCACAAUUCAAAGCCCCAGUUCGCAGACCCAGCUGUGCAGGACAUCCUGAGCAGAAUCACAGGCCUGGACCUGGAGAAAGUGUUUCGACCAAUCAAACAGGAGCUGAAGCUGCCGGAAUACAAACUCAUGACAGAUGAACAGCUCAACCAGGCAAUGAAACAGGCCACGGAACAGGCAAAAAAGCUACUGACGAUGCCCCCAGUGCUGCCGGAGAGGAAGCCUAUAGACGAUGUGUUAUCUGAGGACCCCAUUCUGGAUGGCAUGGACACUGCAAAAUACGUCUUUACAGAUAUUACUUAUAAUAUACCACACAGGGAGCGGUUCAUCGUAGUUAGGGAGCCCAAUGGCACUCUGAGGAAGGCCACAUGGGAGGAGCGGGAUCGGCUAAUCCAAGUCUACUUCCCCAAAGAGGGACGCAAACUGACACCACACCACAUCUUCAAGGACGAGAACCUCAAGAUGGUUUUCUCCCAGGAUCGCCAUGAAGAUGUUUUGGACUUGUGUCUAGUCCAAUUUGAACCUGACUCUUCAGACUAUAUCAGGGUCCAUGCAGCCACUUAUGAGGAUCUGGAAAAACAUGGGAAGUACGACCUCUUGCGUAGCACGCGGCACUUCGGAGGCAUGGCCUGGUACCUGGUGAAUGCCAGACGGGUGGAUGGACUCAUUGUGGACAUGCUCAAGAGAGAACUGCUCCAGGAUUCAGUGAGUUUAGUGUCGCUCUUCCACAUGGUCCAUCCUCACAGUGAAUCAGCUCAAGAGGCAGCUCUACAACAGGCAACAGGCACAGAUCUACUCAAGAUCUAUGCUCAGAAAGAGUCCCAGAGGGCGGGCUACAUCGAGCUAGCUCUUCAGGCAUUUGAGCCUGCAGCGGAGAAAAGCACUGCUACCUGAAAUAGAAAAAUAAGAUUCAAGUUAUGUCUGCCUUUUGCAAAUGUUCAUAUACUGUGCUGGAGACAUUGUUGUAUGAAAUAUGACAUUAACUAUAACAGCAUAUGUUUGCUUAAAAGGCACAUAUUAUGCUGUUUUCUGAUCGAUGUUAUAGUGUUAUUAUGUUAUUUCUUCAUCAAAAACAGAGUUGUGUUUUGUUUCAUUCACACAUGUUAAACACACACAUAAUGCACAUUUAGGCUGAGUUCUCUCAAACUGAAAACAUUCUGUUCCACAUUGUGAUGUCAUGUGGUAAUUCAAGAAGUGCUCCAUAAAAACCAUACACCUUCACUACAAUCAUUUGGCAAUUCCAGGUCUGAAAUUAUCCAAUCUCUACUGACCUAAAGGUGUAAAAUACAACUUCAGUUAUGAGGAAACAUUUUAACAUGGCUUAAAGCUCUCAAGAGUCAAUUUUGCAUAAUAAUAUAAGACCUUCGAUAUCCAAAGACUGAUUCAUUCUUGUACAUAUGAAAAUAAAAAACUUUUUUACAAAAAACUUUGAGUUCAG